AUGAAUCAACCGAGUGCAAUCUAUUUAAAUGUCGAAUCAGUUGAACUUGCAUUAAAUGUUCUCGAUGGAUAUGACGUACGAGGCAACAAAAUUAAGGUGGAGCGUGCUGAAUUCCAAAUGAGAGGCGAAUACAAUCCAGCACUCAAGCCACGUGUUAGGAAGCAUGAGAAGGAGAAAAUGAAGAAAAUCCAAGAGAAGCUAUUUGAUUGGCGACCCGAGAGAAUGCGCGGAGAACGUGGUAAGCACGAGAAAGUUGUAAUCAUUAAAAAUUUCUUCGAUCCAUCACUAUUUGAUCGUGAAGUGCAUUUAAUAAUCGAUUAUCAGAAUGACAUACGUGACGAGUGCAAUAAGUGCGGAACUGUUCGUAAAGUCAUCGUGUAUGAUCGUCAUCCAGAGGGUGUUGUUCAAGUGACAAUGGCUGAUCCAGAUGAAGCCGAUCUUGUUAUAAAAUUAAUGAAUGGAAGAUUUUUCGGUGAACGAAAAUUGACUGCCGAGACGUGGGAUGGAAAAACGAAAUAUAAGAUCGAUGAAUCUGAGACCGAUAAGACCGAGCGCGUUCAGAAAUGGGAAUCGUUCUUGGAAACAGGCGAGGAGGCUAAAAAAGACAUUACAACAGAUGAAGUGAAAUCAACAGAAACAGAAACAAUAUCAUCAUCAUCAACUGAAGGGCCUGUAGCCGAAGAACAACAGCAAUCAGAAAGCGAUAAUGUUGAAGCAGAAAUAGAGUCAAGCUAAAAAAAGUAUCUUUCAAUACAAUGAAUAAUGUACUCUUUAUGGAUGUAAAAAGAAGAAGAAAAAAUAAUAAUAAAAAAGGUUUCAAUGCUUUA